UAAAUGGAUCCUGAAGAUGAUUAAGAAAUCAUUGAUUCUAUUGUUAAUGGUAAAUAUAUUUUAUAUUAGCUAAGCUCUGGAAAGUGAUGAAGAAAGAUCUUUUUCACCUUCUCAAACAAGAUCAGAUUCAAAUAGAACUUAUUCUCCAUAAAUUAAGAGAUAGUAAUAGACCUAGUAUUCAAUACUAUUAUAAAUUAGAUAUACGAUUAAAAAAAUUUAAAGUCCUAUUAUUGGCUUCAAAUUAGAUUGUUGGGCAAUUUAACCAUUCAGUCUUGAUGAUGACUAAUAUUUAGAUGGAGAUUUAGUAUAUAAUAAUUUAUUAUAUAGGUUCUCAAAUGUAAAGAUUAAACAAAUAGUAGAAAAAUAUAAGGUUUAUUUGAAAAAGGAAAUGAUGAACAAAGAGAUUUUAUAUUUUAAAAAUUAUUACCAGGAAUUGUAACACUUGCAAAUGAUAUUUUUGGAAACUAUGUUGUUUAAAGAAUCUUAGAAUAAGGUAAUCAACAACAAAAGGAAUUAAUUUUUGAACAUCUAUCAUAGUAAAUAUUAGUUUUAAGUUAUAAUACAUAUGGAUGUAGAGUGGCUUAAAAAUUAUUAGAGAUUUCUUACAACACUUAGAAAUUUGAAUAAAUAUUUAAAGUAAUCUCAACCUAAGUAAGAAAUUUGGUUAUUGAUACUAAUGGUAAUCAUGUUAUUUAGAAAAUUGCUGAAUUACUUAAAUCCUAAAAGAGUGAUUGGCUUAUAGAAGGUGUUUUGGGAUAGAUUCAAAAAUUAUCUAAUGAUUCUCAUGGAUGUAGAUUAAUAUAAUAAAUAUUGGAAAUAUCUUCUAUUUCAUAAGUAAUCAUAUAGAUUAAUAAAGUUGAAUGAUAUUUAUAAGGAAUUAUUAUCUAUAUAAGAGGAAUUAUGUUUAUCAUAAUAUGGGAAUUAUAUUAUUUAAAUAUUGUUAUUAAGAGGGCCUAUUGAUGUGAUUUAUAAAAUUUAAAAUGGUAUUAUUAAGAAUUUAGAGAAAUUAAGUUGUGAUAAAUUUGGAAGGUAUUCAAUAAUAUUAAAAUAGUAAUGUGGUUGAUAAAAGUGUAAAUAUAUCAAUUUAUAUGAGAAAAGAAAUUUUAAAAGUAUUCAUUCAUAAUAUGAAUAUCUUUUAUAAAUUAUCUAAUAAUUGUUAUGGUAAUUAUGUAAUAUAAAAUUUCUGUAAGUAACUUGAAUAUAAUUAAUUAUUAAAAUUAUCAUAUGAUUCAAGUUAAUUUAAUACUCAAUUUGGUUAACAUGUUUAUUAAACCUUAUAAAAAUUGAAAAAUUGA